UCCGGUGUAGCUAGGGUUUUAAAUCCAGGUCAUAUAAAUUACUCCAAUUUGCUUGGUAUCAGUAAGAAUUAGGGAGAAAUUACAGUUGAGCUGAAGCAAUGGUGGGGAAGAACGCAACUGAAAGCAGCGGCGGCGACGACACACUGGAUUUGUUUCUGAAGAUUGGGCUGGAUGAAAGGACGGCGAAGAACACCGUCGCUAACAAUAAGGUCACGGCCAAUCUCACCGCCGUCAUUCAUGAGGCAGCUGUGAUUGAUGGGUGUGAUCGGACAGUUGGGAAUCUACUUUAUACAGUUGCUACGAAGUUCCCAACAAAUGCUCUUGUACAUCGGCCUACAUUGCUCAAAUAUAUUACGUCAUUAAAGAUUAAAAUUCCCGCCCAGUUAGAAGCUGCCUUUUUAUUUCUCACUACUAUUGCUUCUGACAACUUGAAGAUUGAUGACUUUGAAGCUGCUUGUGGUGUUGGAGUUGAGGUUUCUGAGGAAGAUAUUGAAAAAUCUGUGGAUGAGAUUUUUGAAGAGAAUAAAGCUGUUAUUUUGGAGCAGCGGUACCGAACAAAUGUUGGUGAACUAUUUGCUCACGUGAGAAAGAAACAGCCAUGGGCAGAUCCAAAGGUUGUCAAGAAAAUCAUUGAUACCAAUUUAUAUGUCCUGCUUGGGGAAAGAACAGCUGCAGACAAUGAGAAGCCUGUGAAAAAGAAAAAAGAGAAGCCUGUUAAAGCAGAGGAGAAAGCAGUUCUUGUUGAGACAGCUCCAGAAAAACCAACUGAAGAAGAAAUCAAUCCGUUUUUAAUAUUUCCUUCACCUGAUCAGAACUUUAAGGUACAUACUGAAAUAUAUUUCAGCGAUCGUCCGGUGCUUAGAGCCUGCAAUUCAAAGGAAAUUUUAGACAAACAUUUGAAGGUCACAGGUGGGAAAGUACACACACGCUUUCCUCCUGAGCCAAAUGGGUAUCUACAUAUAGGUCAUGCCAAGGCUAUGUUUGUGGACUUUGGCCUGGCUAAGGAGCGAGGUGGAGGCUGCUAUCUCAGAUUUGAUGACACGAAUCCAGAAGCUGAGAAAAAAGAAUAUAUUGAUCACAUUGAAGAGAUUGUGGGAUGGAUGGGCUGGGAACCCUUUAAGAUCACCUACACUAGUGAUUAUUUCCAGGAGCUCUAUGAACUAGCAGUGGAGCUGAUACGUCGUGGCCAUGCUUAUGUUGAUCAUCAGACACCUGAUGAGAUAAAAGAGUACAGGGAAAAGAAGAUGAACAGUCCUUGGAGGGAUAGACCAAUUGAAGAAUCUCUGAAAUUGUUUGAUGACAUGAAGAAGGGGUUGCUUGAGGAAGGAAAAGCAACAUUAAGAAUGAAACAGGACAUGCAGAGUGAUAAUUUCAAUAUGUAUGAUCUAAUUGCUUAUCGUAUCAAGUUCACACCUCAUCCCCACGCAGGAGAUAAAUGGUGCAUCUAUCCAAGUUAUGAUUAUGCUCAUUGCAUUGUUGAUUCUCUUGAAAACAUAACACAUUCGCUGUGCACACUUGAGUUUGAGACACGGCGUGCCUCAUACUACUGGUUAUUGGACGCACUGGGUCUCUACCAACCAUAUGUGUGGGAAUAUUCUCGAUUGAAUAUUACCAAUACAGUGAUGUCAAAGCGUAAGUUAAAUCGACUUGUGACAGAAAACUGGGUCGAUGGUUGGGAUGAUCCUCGCCUUAUGACUCUGGCUGGAUUGAGACGUAGGGGCGUAACUUCAACUUCAAUAAAUGCUUUUGUUCGAGGAAUUGGGAUUACAAGAAGUGAUAAUAGUUUAAUACGCCUGAACCGCCUAGAGUACCAUAUAAGGGAGGAACUGAACAAAACAGCACCUCGGGCCAUGGUUGUGCUAAACCCAUUGAAGGUUGUCAUUACAAACAUGGAUUCUGCAGUCAUGGAUCUUGAUGCCAAGAAAUGGCCAGAUGCUCCUGCAGAUGAUGCAUCUUCUUUUUAUAAGGUCCCUUUCUCUAAGGUUGUUUACAUUGAACAAUCUGAUUUUCGUUUGAAAGAUUCUAAAGAUUACUAUGGACUUGCUCCUGGGAAAUCUGUCCUCCUUAGGUAUGCAUUUCCUAUAAAGUGCACAGAAGUGGUUUUAGGCGAUGAUAAUGAGACCGUGCUUGAAAUUCGUGCUGAGUAUGAUCCAUCUAAGAAAAGCAAACCAAAGGGCGUUCUGCACUGGGUUUCAGAAUCUUCACCAGGAGCUAAUCCUCUUAAGGUGGAAGUUAGAUUGUUCGAAAAACUAUUCAAUUCUGAGAAUCCUGCCGAACUUGAUGACUGGCUUAGCGAUUUAAAUCCACACUCGAAAGUAGUUAUAGCGGAUGCAUACGCUGUGCCUUCUAUCAAGAACGCUGCUGUUGGAGACAGUUUUCAGUUUGAAAGACUAGGCUACUUUGUUGUUGACCUGGACUCUUCUCCUGAGAAGCUCGUGUUUAACCGCACUGUAACAUUGCGCGACAGUUAUGGUAAGCAGGGGAGGUGAGUUUGGAAGGCCAAGUGUAGACGAAAUGUAUAAGCAAACACUAUACACAAAUACAAGUACAAUACAUUGUCUUAUUUAGUAAAAUCAAAUUUCUGUUUUUUCAAAACUGACCAUUGUGUGAUUUUGUGUCGUUUAUAAUCCGGAUGGUAAAUGUAUGUUUUGUAACUGUAGUUCGUAGUUUCAGUUGGUAAACUUCCUGUCACUGAUGUUUUUCCACUACACCUUUGUACUUGAGUUCGUUAUAAACUACUUUUACAUAAUGUGA